AUGGCCAAAAGCGACUUUAGAAAGAAUGAAAUGAUGUUUGUGGAAGUUACGGGUGAAGGAGUUAAAUGUGUCGAGGCGGUCAAAGUUAAUGGUGAGGGCUUGCAUAAUUUGAUCAAAGGGGUGGUUGGAGAUGGGAAGGAAAUUAGAUUUUUGCUUGAUAAUUGGGUCACCUGCGAUCCGCUCAAAGCUAAAUUCCCUUUAUUGUUCAAUUUGGAAAAGGAUGAGAGAGUAUGUGUGAAUGACCGGUUUAGUGUUGAUGUUGGAAAAUUUGAUGGGCUCUGGCAAUGGGCCAGACGAUUGGUAAACAGAGGGGAACUAAUGGAAAUUGAAGAGCUGAACAAUCUGUUGGAAGGCAUCACGACUGGGAACAAACCCGACAAAUGGCUCUGGUUGGGUGGAAAGGACAACUUGAUGACAGUCAGGGACGUCAAGCCCUCUUUACUCGGGAAUAAGGACUUUAGUAACGGGUAUGUGGUCGUGUGGUGCAAAUGGAUCCCCAAAAAAUGUAAUUUAUUUAUGUGGAGGGCGGCUAUGGAUCGUAUUCCUACUAAGCUUGCACUUAAAGCUCGUGAUUGCUUUUCAAAUCACUUGACUUGUGUUCUUUGCGGGGAUGGUGGGGAAUCUAUUGAUCAUCUUUUUUGUGAAUGUGGCAUGGCUGCGAGAAUUUGGCACGCCAUUAGCAGUUGGUGCAAUAUUCCACCAUUUUUUAUCUUCAGCAUCAAAGAUCUCCUUGAGUUCCAUGAGAUCCUGGGGAAGAACAAAACAAAGAAGAAUGCGCUAAAAGGAAUUAUUAUGAUCUCCUGUUGGUAUAUAUGGAAGUCGAGAAACGAAAUUAUCUUUAAUAACUUUAGUGUUAGCGCUACGGAAAUUAUACAAAACAUUAAGUCAUUAGGUUUUUUAUGGUAUAAAGUAGAGGAAAACAUCAUAGUAUGA